AUGCUUCCUACAAUCACACAAGACUCGCAACUUGCGACAGCCGUCGCCGAUGUUGUCCGACCUAAGCUGGUGGAGAUGGGCUGGAGCACGGAUGACGGCCAGGAGUCCGCUCUGAUUGAAUAUAUCGUUCUGAUGCUGGUCAAUGGCAAGACCCAAGAACAGCUGGCCACUGAGCUUUCAAAUGAUUUCCUCGGGUUGGAAGAGGGUGAUACACAGGCGUUGGAAUUCUCAAGAUGGCUCUUCGGUCAGGUCGAGAUCCUCCAUCAACAACUCAACGGCGCUGGUGCUGCGGCUGCCAACAACUCUGCUGCUCCUCAAACCGUUCUUUCGCCGAAUGCUCCCGAUUUCAACCCGCAAGGAAAUGGUAUGGAUGCCGAAAUGGAGCUUGGAGGAGAUUCUGUCCCUACUGGACCCAGAGCCAUGCGCACCCCGCGAGUUGGUGGUCAGCGUCGCAUACUGAAUCAGAUUAACCGGAGCUUGGACCGACCAGGGGACGGCGCACUUCACCGCGUGCGCGGCCACCAAGGGAACGGGCGCAUCGGCGGUCACAACAACCAGAAUAACAUGCGGAACAACCGCGGCGGCCGCGGAGGUCGGAACAUGGGUGGAAUGAUGGGGCCGAAUAUAGGCGGCGGAGCUAUGCAGAUGAGCCCCGAGAAUCAGAUGCAGAUUAUGGCCAUGCUGGAGGAGCAAGCUCGUAUGAUGUCUCAACUGAUGCCUGGGUUUGUUCCUCCUGCAAUCAACCCUGCCUUCCAAAACGGUGGACAGCAGGGCCGCUCACUCUUCGAUCGUGUUGAGCCUCAAGGCCGACGAGGUGGACGUUUCCAAGGUCGUGGAGGACACCAACCGCAUAAGGGACGUGGCGGGGAGAACGGCGAUAUCGAAAUGGAUACCGCCAUGGAUGGCGAACAGGACGAGAGCAACCCCAACAGCAUCUGUCGAUUCAAUCUUCGCUGCACUCGUAAAGAUUGUCCCUUCGCCCAUCAAUCACCCGUCGCCCCCGAGGGCACAGCAGUGGACGUAUCAGACGUCUGCUCAUUCGGCGCCGCUUGCAAGAACAGAAAAUGCACCGGUCGUCAUCCCUCUCCGGCUGUCAAAUCCGCCCACCAAGCCGAGGAGAUUUGCAGAUUCUUCCCCAACUGCACAAACCCUCACUGUCACUUCAAACAUCCCGACAUGCCUCUCUGCCGGAACGGUGCGGAUUGCAAGACCGAAGGCUGCAAAUUCACGCAUCUGCAAAUCCCUUGCAAGUUCAACCCGUGCAUGAACCCCCGCUGCACGUACAAGCAUGUGGAGGGCCAACGUGGAAACUCUGGCGACAAAGUAUGGGUGCCGGGAAACAUCAGUGAGCGCAAGUUUGUGGCCGACGAGGGUGGCCCUGAAGAACUUGUCAAACCGGAGACUGAAGAGUCUUCAAAAACCGAGGGUCUGACUGCGUGA